AUGGAGAUGUCAAACUUCACAGAGAACCAGAUGACCGUACGAGAUGCUAUUGGCAAGAUCUGCGACAACUUCCCGAACGAAUACUGGCAAGAGAAGGACCGGACUGAGACCGAUCCAAAGGAGCUACACGCUGCCCUCGCGGCCGACGGCUGGCUAGGUAUAGCUCUGCCUGAGGACUUCGGCGGAGCCGGUCUAGGCAUUUCUGAAGCCACUAUGAUGCUACAAACAAUCACACAGUCCGGCGCCGGUAUGGCAGGCGCACAGUCGAUACACGCCAACGUAUAUGCUACACAGCCGCUGGCGAAGUUCGGCAACCAGGAGCAGUUGUCGUCGACCAUUCCCGACAUAAUCUCCGGCAAGACUCGCGUUUGUUUCGGUGUCACAGAACCCAAUACAGGCCUUGACACUCUACGUCUCAAGACCACCGCACUGAAGUCAUCGGACGGGAACAGCUACUCAGUGACAGGCCAGAAGAUCUGGAUCACCUGUGCACAAGUCGCAAAGAAGAUGAUCCUCCUCGCCCGUACCACUCCUCUGGAAGAAGUCACCAAACCCAACGAAGGUCUGUCCAUGUUCUGCAUCGACCUCGAUCGCAAUGCUCCUGGCCUUGACAUGCGCAAGAUCCGAAAGAUGGGUGGUAAUGCCGUAGACGCAAACGAGGUCUUCUUCGAUAACUACCAAAUCCCCGCCAAUACACUGAUCGGCAAGGAAGGCCAGGGUUUCAAGAUCAUCCUGCACGGCAUGAACGCCGAACGGUGUCUCCUCGCCGGCGAAGCUCUCGGCAUCGGUUAUGCUGCGAUCGAAAAAGCUGCCAAGUAUGCGAAGGAGCGAGUGGUAUUUGGCCGUCCCAUCGGGCAGAAUCAAUCAAUACAGCAUCCGCUAGCAGAGUGCUACAUGCACUUGGAAGCCGCGAAGCUGUCUACUUACCAUGCAGCACGUCUCUAUGAUAACUCCAAGGACGAUAAGUCGAUAACGCAGUAUGCGGUAGGCGUAGCAGCCAAUGCAGCCAAGUACUUAGCAGCGGAAGCAGCAUACAAGGCAUGUGAGACAAGUGUCAUGAGUCAUGGUGGAAUGGGUUAUGCGCGGGAGUACGAUGUUGAGAGAUACCUGAGGGAGAUUUUCGUGCCUAGAAUCGCGCCGGUGAGCAGAGAGAUGAUCAAGAGCUUUGUGGCUGAGAAAGUAUUGGGUCUACCCAGGAGUUAUUAG